GAUUAGAAGAAGAGCAACGGUUCCCCUCUUUCCUGAGAGAGGAUCGACGAUGCAUCCAAGAAGCGCGGCCACGGUGCGGCUCUGCCUUGUAUGCCUUGCUCUCCUGCUGCUGACCCGAGAUGUCCGCUCCAGGAAUCUCGUAGGGGCGGUGGUGCAGAAGGAGAGGCACAAGCAGAGCCAUGGCGGCCACGGCGGAGCCACCCCGGAACCGCCCGUUGAGGAAGGCAGCGACGCAGGUGCCAAGAGGGGACAGCUGCAGCGUGAUCUGACGAGAUGGGAGGAGAUCCACACGGACUACAUCUACACCCAAGACGUCAAACACCCGUGACACUAUGAGUCGCUCGUGUUUAGUAGUAGUACUAGCUCCUGGGGUCGUUUGGACAAGACGGAUUAGUCUGGGAUUUGUCCUUCAGUUUUGGGCCUUUGAGCCAAAUCACAAACUAAUCCCUCCUCUGUUAGAAGCAUGUAGUCAGUGGCGCACUGUAUAAUUACUUCAGUCUAGCUUUGGCACACCCUUUAUUUACUUAGUUAAUUAUUAUAUGUAUAAUUACUGGUACAAUCCUGGUAAAUUUGGCAGGCGAUGCUGCCCUUUCAGUGGAUGCACAGAUCUU